UGCUAGCAGUUACUCAGCUAGAUAACAAACAAAAAUGUUGCCUAACAUAAAACCAUUGAGAAUGUUGCUUAACAGGCGAUUAAAAGCGGCUGUCGACGAGCUAUUCGGCGCAGUUGAAAUAACGAUAGCAGAGUACCAGCAAGAAUUAUGCCGUUCAAAAGAGGAGAAAGACCGAACGAUAGCAGAGUACCAGGAAAAAAUGUCCCGUUCGGAAGAAGUGAACGCCCGGCUACAGAGGCUGCUGGAUGUCGUUCUUAAACCAGAAGUAAAGUUACAGAGACUAGAAGACCUCCAGCAGCUCACUCUCUCCAUCUCUGAAGAGGUUUCUCCUGAGCAGCAGGAUUGUAGUUCUGGUCUGGGGCAGGAGGAACCUUCUCAGAUUAAAGUGGAACAGGAGGAGCUAUGGGUCAUCAGUCAGGGACAAGAGCAGCUUCAAGCGAUGGAUUAUGAUACUGAUGAUACUGAUGAUUCUGCUGAUAUAGAAGCCUUCAUAUCUACUGCCAGAGUAAAAGGUGACUGUAAUCAGAACCCAAGUCAGUCCUCACAUCUUUACCAAGUUUUAACCCAACGUGAAGAAAACACAGACAGGGAUGAGCUACCCAGCACCACAAUGCAAAUUGAACAGAUUAAAACAGAAAAUGUCAGUAACAGUGACUCUCAGCCCCCAUCUGCAGUCAAUUCAGUUUGGUCUGAAACUCAGAUUGAGAGAGUUGAUUGGAUGGAGAGUGAAGGACCUCCACUCAAGUCAAAGAGAACACAGACAGAAGUUGGACCAAGAUUCUGUACUAAAGUCAGAGAAUCCACAGAGUUGUCCCAUUUGAAAUCCCCUAUCCCCGGUAAUGCUGUUCGUCAUUGUAGAAUAUGUGCAAAACCUUUUAUCACCAUGACGUCUCUAGUGAUUCAUGCCCAUAGACAUAGACAGCUAUCUCGGUGUGGUAUCUGCGGAAGAACCUUUGAGUCUGUAGAAAGUUUGAAAGAACAUCUACAUUUUCAUGUUGCAAGUACAGGAUCACUUUCUUGUUACAUCUGUGGUAUAUGCUUCACAGAGGAUGAGGAGUUUUUGCUGGAAGAGCAUAUGAGCAAUCACAAACUGAAUCGCUGUCUUGGGUGUAAAGAACGUUUUCGUCGUGAUCAACUUGAGUAAAACACCACAGCAGUUUUUGCUAAAGAAGUGACUGGUAAAAUGUUGCAGUUCCAUAUCCUAGUAAAGGAAGCCUGAGUGAGGCCCAAUGCAGUCUGUGUA